CACAUAGCAGGCUGUGAUUUUUUGACAAAAUGCCGCCAAAAAAGCACCGUCAUCUCACCGCCGAAGAGAAGAGGGAGCUGAGAAAACAGAAGAAGCUUGAGAAGAAACAGCGCUUGGCUGAGAAGAAGAAGCAGCUCAAGAGGGACCAUCUGGCCCGUGAAGUGAAUUAUGGACAACUCACUAUCAAGAAAUACGAGAAAAAUUGGAGGGAAAUGCUCAUUAAAGUCGCUCUUCCGCGAAUGCGGCAAGAGUUGGAGUUUGCGUGGCAUAAUUUUGAGCGAGUUGUUGACUGCAAGGACUUUACCAUCUCCUUGCUGAUGGACGAGUUGAGGGACUCGGAGGAGCAGUAUAUGCUCAAUUUUCGGGCGCAUUCCGAAAAUAUGGAAAAGCUGAUGUGGCUGUUUCACGACAGGUUGGAGGAGCUUCAAGCCGAUUUUGAAUCGGAAUGCAAAUUGAUGCAAGAACGGUGCGAAAACGAGUUUCAAGACGCUAGAGAGCUGUACAACGAGAAUUUUGAUUAUCUGAAAACGAUGCUUCACCAGCUCGAGCUGGAACGCCGGGAACACAACCGGCUGAAAAAAGGGGAAUAUUUCUCCAGACUGGACGAAGUUGAAGUGAAAAACCAGCUACUUUUGCAAAGGUUGCGAGCCACACUUGAGCGCAAAUACCAGAACAUGUUCGAAGACAUGAAACGCUUUAUCAAAAACUACAACAAGCAGAUUAGAGAGCGCAAAAAGGAGCACAAUUUGCUGAAGGAUCAAGACGAUUCAAUCCAGGAACUAAUCGCCCAACAAUUCAACAACAUUAAGAAAUGUUACGAUCGGAUUCGCCAACUCCGCCAAAAGUACACCGACAUGAAGCAGAUUGAUGGUAGCAGAUUGUCCGAUUUGCAGGCUGAAAGAAACUAUUUUUCUAACAGUUUUAUGACGCUUAAAACGAAAUUGGAAAAUGACAAGAAGGACGAUUUCGGCAAACUUGCCCUUUUGAGCGAAAACGCAGCCAAAGCCUUCGAUUGUUUAGAGCAUUUGAAUAAGAGGGGAGAAAUGAUUCUUACUUUGGCUGCAGUUUGCCGGAAACUUGAGACACAGAAGGAGAAAAUUCUGCCGUUUCCGCGCACCACAACAAAUCUUCCGGAAAUUGCAGAUAUUAUUGAUAGGGAUGAUGCGGAGGAGAUUGAAGGGGUUAGGCCUGAGAUGGAGCUGUUUUGGCAAAGGCUGGGGCAGGCUUUUGGUGUUCAUUAUACUUUGAUGAGGGAGAAAAACUGUCUAAGUGACGAAAAUCAGUUGUUGGCAGAUACGCAUAAUGAAUAUUGUGAGAGAUUGAUGUAUCCGCCCAUUCAUAGUUACAUGGGAAGGGUGACAAUUCCCAAAACUGAUACUAAGUUGGAAAUGGCAAAGUAUGAUAAGUUUAGAGGGCACACGCAUAAGCCGUUUGUGCAUGUCACACACCGACAACAGAAAUAAAAUUUGCACUGUG